AAAAAAAACUACCUGUAAUUAUGACAAUAUUGUCUUAUUAAUCUGAAAUAUGUCACCAUGACAAUGUUUGUUUGUUUUAACAAUAUAAUUGUUAAUUCAACAAGUCACAAAGACGUGAAUAUUGAUAAUAUAUUAUUAAAAUAACACUGUAAAAAUUGUCAAAAUAAAACUAUACCCUCGUAAUAAUUUAAACCUAUAAAUAACCGGGUUUUUACCAAAAUAUUAUAAUACUCAUCAAAUUAACAAGAAUAUUAUCAAGAUAUCCUUAUAAUAUUAUCAAACUUAAUACGUUAUCAUUUUAUUCAACCGUUGCAACUAAAACUCGAUUUGUACAUUUUUAGUUGCUAAUUAUUUCGCAAGUUUUGAGUACAAGUGUUGUCUUAACUCUGCUGUUUACGUUAAUUUGAAAAAUUUGAAAUAUACAGUUAUUAUUUGGUUAUUUGAUUGAGUGAUGUCUACACUCUGCUGUUUACAUUAAUUUGAAGAAUUUGCAGUACUUAUACAGUUAUUAUUUUGUAAGUUGAUAUUCAAUACAUUUUUAAUGUUAGAUAUUAUAAUAGUUGCUAAAUAUUACCUAGGUUGUUAGAACGAGUGUUGUCUAGACUGCUGUUUACAUUCAUUUGGAGAAUUUGAAGUAUACAGAUUUAAUUUGUAAGCUUAUAAUAUUAGAUUGUUAACUAUAAGCUACCACUUGGUUUUAAAAUGAUUUGUUUUAUAUGUGGAUUGAACUUUGGAAAUUGGAAAGCAUUAGUAUGUCAUUUUAAAAUAUUUCAUUCAUUAAAAAGUCUUAGUACUUAUAGAUGUGGCGAAGGUAACUGUAAACAAUCUUUUCAGUCCUUAGCUACAUUUAAAAGCAUAUCCAUGCUAAGCACUUCCCAGAACUACAAUUAAAUUUUCAAAUUCCUGAACAACCUUGUACCAAUUCUUCACUGCCAUCUCUUAAUGCUGAAACUAUUAAUAAAAAUAAUCUUUUAACUGAAAAUGAAAAUGCUGAAAUUCCAUUUAAUUUUGAAUUAGUUAGUGAAUUAUUAUACAAGUCAGCAGUAGAACUGGUUGUUAAUUUACAUAGUAACAAUAAUUUUUCUAGAGUAGACAUUGUAAAUAUUCAAGUUGGUAUAGUGGAAAAGAUUUUAACUCCUAUUGUGUCCAUGUUAAAAAAAGUUGUAGGAGAUGAAAUAAAAGAGCCUAUUUUACUUUCUAAAUUUCACAGAGUUGCAUCUGUCAUCGAAAAUACUUUUCUUUACUGUAGCACUGAAUAUCGUUUAUUAGAUUGGCUUAUUAAUAAUGAAUUUUUAUCCAAAAUUAAUCAGUUUACUAUAAACAAUGAAAUUUGUCCAGUUCAACAUAUUGGUGAAACUAUAUUUGAUGAGAAAAAUACAACAGGUGCUCUAUUACCAUUAAAGUUCCAGUUUAAAAAAUAUUUUGAACAAGGUGACAAUUUCAAAAAACAGUUUACACGAUUAAAUUUAUAUAAAACCAAUGAAUGUACAACUAUAGACAAUUUUGUUCAAGGAACUCUUUGGAAACAGAAGGUCUCUCAGUAUAGUAACGACAAAAUUAUAAUCCCUUUUUUUUUGUACAUGGAUGAAUUUGAAAUUAAUAAUCCAUUGGGAUCUCAUUCAACAUUUCAAUCCGUUUCAGCUGUAUAUUAUAGCUUUCCACUAGCAGAAAAUAGUUCUAAACUAACAAAUAUCUUUUUAGCUGCAUUAGUAAAACAUGUGGAUCUUUCAUCUUUUGGCAAUGACAAAUGUUUAGAAAGUUUAGUUAAUGAAAUCAAUAUACUCGAAAGUGAAGGUGUUAGUAUUUCAACAGAAGAUGGAUAUUUCCAUGUGCAUUUUGUUUUAGGAAUAAUUCUAGGAGAUAAUUUAGGCUUAAACAGUUUAUUGGAGUUCAGUAAAUCUUUCUCUGCCAAUUUCUUUUGCCGCUUCUGUAAAGCUCAUAAAACAGUAACUAAAUUAAUGCACGAAGAAGAUUUAUCUGCUAUGCGUAAUGUUCACAACUAUUCUGUAGAUGUUGCUAGCUCAAAUUUCAUAGAAACUGGAAUUUAUAAAGAGUCAUUGUUGAAUCGAGUAACUCAUUUUCAUGUUACUCAAAAUUUUUGUAUAGAUAUCAUGCAUGACUUGUAUGAAGGUAUUUGUCAUUAUGAUAUAUGCCAUAUACUUACCCACUUUAUUGAUACAACAAAAUUAUUUUCAUUAGAAACUCUUAAUAACCGAAAAAUGAAUUUUAAUUAUGGACCAAUAGAGGUAGGUAAUAUUUCACCUCCUAUAAAAAUUGUUCAUUUAAAAAAAAGACAUUUGAAAAUGUCAGCUAGAGAAGUCAUGACUUUUGUUCAUUUUCUUCCUCUUAUGAUAGGAGACUUAAUACCGGAGAAUGAUGAGUUUUGGACACUUUUCCUAAUAUUGCUUCAAAUAAUAGACAUUCUUUUAUCAUACACAUUUACUGAUAAUGCAAUUUCUCAUCUUAAACAAUUAAUUUCACAGCACAACUCUAUGUAUGUUACACUUUUUAACGACAGCCUAAAACCAAAACAUCACUUUUUAGUACACUAUCCAACAAUAAUAAAACAUUCAGGUCCUCCUAGGCAUUACUGGUGUUUUCGCUAUGAGGCCAAACACAAGGAAUUGAAAAUGUAUGCUAGAGUAACAACUUCUAGAAAAAAUAUAACGUUGACAUUAGCUAAAAAAUACCAACUUAAAUUUGCUCAAAAUUUAAUGGAAACAAAUAAAAACAUUAUUUUUAAAGAUAAACAUAAGAUUAUAAGUAAUUACACUGAAACUAUUAACAGUAAACUUAAUCUAACUUCAUCACAGUAUAGUUGUUUUACUGAGUUAAAAUUUAAUGGCAUUUUAUAUAAAGAAGGAUAUUAUCUAACCAAAAAUUGUAAUGAAUCAUGUUUAUUUAAAAUCAGUGAAAUUAUAUUUAUUAAUCAACCAGAUAUUAUGGUUUAUAUUUUGGCUACCGAAAUAAGAUUGAACGAAUUUAGUUCACAUUAUGAAUCUUUUAAUGUGAGUAGUAGUGAAGAAGUGAUAAAUUGUUGUUUUAUAUGUAGUGUUAAUGAAUUCGAUGGACCUCCCAUAAAUGUCACAACCAUUCCAUCCGGUAAAAAAAUGAUUCGGUUAAAACAAUUUUAUUAAUUUGAUAAGCUUUAAUAUUAUUUUUAUUUUCUCAUAAAAUAUUUUUAUUG